AUUCUGAUUCACAAAAGUAGUCAGCAGAAGUACCAGUAACUAACCGUAGGUUCUCAGGCUAAUUGAACUUGUAAAUCUAGUUGGUGGGUUAGGCGUUACAGUGCUUAAUUUCAGUGCAAUCUGACCUUGAAUGACACGAAGAAAAAUCCGAUUAAGACGAAGAAUGAGCUAACGAAGUUUCUUUAUGAGAGUAAUAGGUGGGACUAUCCACAAUUGCGAUAUCACAGAAACCCUUCGAUGAACCAGGUUAGACUUAGCCUACAGUCAUACAAAGCUGAAGACGUGGCCGUUGAAGCGCCGCGAGGAACAAGAGCGCCGCGCCCGGCGAGGCGACACCGACCCCCGCUAUGAGUACAUCUUCCAGGUGCUGGCGGCCUGCACGGGUGUCGCCAGGCACCAGGUCAUGGAUUUCGUCUUCGAGGAAAACCUGCUGGAAGACAUCGGUAAAUUCCUGAUGCCGGGCCAGUACAAUAACAUGAUAUGGUUCUACCAAGAAUGCGAGGAACCGGCAGACGAAAGUUCAGAAGAAGGAGACGGAGGAGGAGAAGAAGGGGAAGAAGAAGAGGCAGCAGGAGGAAAGAAUCAAGCCUCCCCUCUUCUGUCCAAGCCUUCUAAUGCCAUCUCGAGACGAAGUUCGACUCUAAGUGGACCGACUGAAGGGCAUCCAUCUCGUAGGAACUCGAUGGCAACUGAGCAAACUGAAGAGGGUGAACCGGAGCCCACUGGGCCUUUCAAGAGAAUGCGUCUGUUUGUGGGUAAUCCCAGAACGAUACCUCUCAUCGGAAUUUGCAUUUGUAUGACGAGAACGACGCCGCAGAGAUCUGUCACAGAAGAGAACGUUCACAGGGAAGUGAACUUCACGUUGGUGAAAACUGGAGACGACCCAGCAGUUGUCCUGAGGUCUGUCCAGAGGUUGCUCAGCAAGAUAUACGUCCCGGCAGUUCGAGUCAAUCCUUCAGAUAUGGACGAUUCUCCCGGAGGAGUUAGUGCUAGGGAUCACCUCUUGGCAGGGCUGAGGUCUUUUGCAUCCUGUCUCAAAGUGUCGGAAUCAAUCAUGGAAGAACGAGUGGUUUUGGCAGCCUCAGAAGAGGGCAUAGACGAGAUCAAGGGUCUGAGCGAUGCCCAGGCUAUCUUGACCCAACCUGACCAAGUCCAGGCCGUUGAGAGGACCGUUCUGACCUGGCUGAAGCAGAUAGAAUCCGUCCUCAUCGAAAUGGAGCAACUUCGUCAGGAGACAGACGACGCAGGACCCCAGGAUGAACUCGAGUACUGGAAGAGGAGGAUGGCGAAGUUCAAAUAUCUCUCGGAACAGAUGGAAACACCGCAGGUGCGCGGAGCGAUCCUCGUGUUGCAAUUGGCAAGAUCCAAAUCACUGAAACUCUGGAAGGACACCGACGCCAGAGUCACCCACAAUUUAGCGGAAGCGAAGGACAAUGUCAAAUUCGUUUACGCCAUCGAGGAGUACUGUCAUCCCCUGUAUCUUAAUGAUCCUCCCGGGAUGACCCCUUAUAUAAUGAUGCUAUUCAAUACUGUUCGGAUGAUUCAUUCCAUCUCGAAAUACUACAACACUUCAGAGAAACUGUCUGCGCUCCUCAUUAAGAUCACGAACCAGAUGAUAAGAGCUUGCCAGGUGUACAUAUCGUGUCAGGGCCAACACACAAUCUGGUCACAGCCUCGGUCUGAAGUCAGGACCAGGAUUCAGCAUUGCUUGAAACUGAACUCUGCUUAUAAGACUGCUUAUCAGAAAACAAAGGAAAAACUGGAGGCGAUGCCUGGAGAGCGACCCUUUAGCUUCAGCGAGCAGUACGUCUUCGGGAAGUUCGACGCCUUCUGCUGCAGACUGAACAAUAUCACGGGUCUCUUCGACGACAUGGACAAGUUUUCGGGAUUUUUCGAAGGCAGAGCGGAAUGCUUGCUGCCGAUGGAAACGGGCCUACGAGACAUCCUGAAGUCUUGGCAUGAGAUGUGCGUCGAGAUUUCACACAAGACCUACGACUACCUCGACUACCGGGACCCCCACUUCGACAACGACCUCCAGGUGUUCGCCGCCAGCGUUCGAGAGCUACUUCGGAGGAUUCACAUGAUGGUCGAGAAGGAGCACGAGGAGAUUUGGGAGACGCCCAUGGCAUACAAGAUGCUUGCCAGGUUUGAGAAGAUUGCAGAGGUUGUGCCACAGCUGGACGUGGACGGAAAGUACAAAAGGAUUUUGGGACGGUAUCACCAGGAAUUAGAGAAAGUCUCCAAAAUCUACAACAGGCAGUGUGAGUCUCCGCCACAGCUUCGUGGUCUCCCACCUGUAGCAGGUAAAAUCCAGUGGGCCAGAAGCCUGUUCUUACAUCUGGAAGAGCCAAUGAUGUUCUUCAAAGAACAUCCUGUUCUCCUGAAAAUCCCAGAGGGGAAGGAGGCCGUGAGGAAAAGUAACCGAAUUGGAAAACUCUUGUUUCAGUAUGAACUGGCUUAUUACGAUGCCUGGAGAAAACAGAGCAUCAGUGACAUCCAGAAGUCUCUGAGAUGUACUCUGGUGGUCAGACGUCCGGACACAGAAGAGCUGUACGUGAACUGGGACACCCGAAUCUCGACCUUAUUGCACGAGGCCACAAAGAUACAGCAGUUGGGAUUCGAAGUGCCCUACAUGACCCAGCUCCUCCUGAAUAAGGCUCCUUUAUUGCUGAAGAAGAGGGAUAUGGUGAAGCAUCUGCUGAAUGAGCACGAAAGAGUUUUGAAUAAAGUCAUCAAGAACUUGUCCCCUCUUCUGGUCCCUCACAUCAACAAACUGAAGGAGGCUCUCGAUCCUCUCCUGACGUCACUAACGUGGUCGUCCAUACAAGCCCACAGCUUCUUUGAUCUCGGAUUCACUGCCAUAAAGACGUUUGAGGUUCUGAUUGAUAGGUAA